UUUGGAGCUGAUAAAUAUUCAGUCCGAAAAGAAGAGGCAGCUGCUCAGCUUCUCACAUCGAGUCGAACUUCUACCUUCUUAUAUCCGUAAUUUUAGGUUGCGGUAGCAGUGUUCUACUCAUCCAAUCACUUUUAAAAAAUGUUGCGCAAGUUUCCGUGUCCAUUCUUGUCAAGGCUUUCAGCGCCUUACAAACGUCAUCACGGGAAAAUGUUGAUGAAGAAUUACUCAGAGAUCUGCCCGGUGGCUUCUGCGGCUACUCGCAUGUUUACCACUACCAAUAAGGUCGAAGGUAGUGCCGUGGGGAUUUCGUCUCCAUGUCCGUUCAAGGAAAGUGAUGGAAAUAAUAUAACGAACACAAGCACUCCAGUCGUCGAUCACGACUUAAUUAAUCUUACCAAAACUAAAUCUACGACCAAAAUUAAUUCAACAAUCGAAGGGUUUUUCCCUUAUGAAGAUUUUUUCCGUGAUCAAAUUUCCAAGAAGAAGCAAGAUCACUCCUACCGUGUUUUCAAACGCGUGCUGCGUGAUGCCGAUAGUUUCCCUUUUGCCAAAGAAUAUUCCUGGGGAGAAAAGGACAUCACCGUCUGGUGCUCUAAUGACUACCUGGGAAUGUCGGCUCAUCCCCAAGUGAAAGAAUCCAUCAAGAAUGCGGCCGACAAACACGGAGCGGGAGCCGGUGGCACUCGUAACAUUUCCGGCAACACUUUGCUUCACGAAGAACUCGAAACGGAACUAGCCAGUUUACACGAAAAGGAAGCGGCGUUGGUGUUUUCUUCGUGUUACGUUGCCAACGACUCUACACUAUUCACGUUAGCCAAAGCUCUUCCUGGUUGCCACAUCUUUUCCGACGCGGGAAACCAUGCCUCGAUGAUCCAAGGCAUCCGCAACAGCGGCGUACCUCGUCACAUCUUCCGCCAUAACGAUCCUAUUCACCUUCGACAGUUGUUGGAGAAAGUAGACCCAUCAGUGCCCAAGAUUGUGGCCUUCGAGACAGUCCACUCGAUGACAGGAGCCAUCUGUCCACUGGCCGAGCUGUGCGAGGUCUCACAUGAGUUUGGCGCUUUGACUUUCGUUGACGAAGUUCACGCCGUUGGACUUUACGGCAACGAAGGGGCCGGAAUAGGCCAGAGAGAUGGCGUCCUCUCUCAAAUGGAUGUCAUUUCGGGCACUCUAGGUAAAGCUUUUGGCAAUUUUGGUGGCUACAUCGCCGGUACCGCCAACCUGGUGGAUAUGGUGCGCAGCUACGCCGCCGGUUUCAUUUUCACUACAUCACUACCACCUACUGUCCUAAGCGGAGCCCUUGAGACUGUCCGCAUUCUGCGCACCGAAGAGGGAAGACAGCUGCGUGAAUUGCAUCAAUUCAAUGUUCGUUAUCUACGGCGCAAAUUGAUGGAAGCUGGAAUCUCUGUUGAACACACACCGUCGCAUAUCAUCCCCGUUUUUGUCGGCGACCCAGAGCGUUCUUCAAUGCUUUCCGAUGAACUUCUUCGUUGCCGGGGCCAUUAUGUUCAGGCUAUUAAUUACCCGACCGUUCCGCGUGGUCAAGAGAAAUUGCGCAUUUCUCCGACACCACACCACACCGUCGAGAUGAUGGAUCGCUUUGUCGAGGAUAUGGUCGACAUUUGGAAAAGUGUUGGUCUGCCACUCAAAAGCAAUAAAUGCGGAUCGGCGUGCACUAUCUGCAAAAAGAAAUUCCAGUCAUUUAACAAUAGCCUGGACUCGCUCAUGGCUUUGCUGGAUAAGAAUUGUCAGCUGCCCAAUUGCCCUCAAGCAGUGGCUCUCUAAUUCAGCCGUAAACUCGCGCUGGCAGACGUUGGUUGGAGUGUCAUCGUAGUUUGGUUAGAUCGUGCUAAAACAUUUUUGAAGAAUGUUCUACAAAACAUUUUAAUUGGGAUAAAAUUAUGUUACUCGAAAACUGCUAUUCAUUUAAUUUUAUUCGCGUGAACAAUGUUCACCUUGCCCUACUACCCCUCUGCUCCCGUACAGUUCUAAGCGUAGAUAUUCUUAAAAAGAAGUAGUGGAACUCUUAACGUGGGAUUAGUAGAUUCACUGAAACAAACUCUCAACAUGGGUUGUCUAGAUCUCUGAAAAAGAAAAAAAUAAUUACGUACCUUCCGCGACAUAAUAAAACAUCAGCAACAUAUUGUUUCUUGGUUGCUUUUUCAACCCAAACAUGAGACAUAAAUUGACUUGCUAUAAAUAAUUUACAUUCAGGAAACUUUGAUUUAGCUUAAGAGUUGAUUUACAAAUAGACAUAAAAAUAAAUUUUUAUUAUUUCGCCAUUA